UUUGAAAUUGGGCUCUUAGAUGAAGGCCUUUACCUUUUUCUUUCAGAUUUUGAUGAGUGCAAUAAUGGUAGCCAUGACUGUCACUCGAAUGCCACCUGUAUAAACACCGCUGGUUACUUUGAAUGCAAGUGCAAAGACGGAUACAUCGGAGAUGGACGCAACUGUACAGGUAAAGAUCAGUUAAAACACAUUGUCUUCAGCAUUUAUUUGAAGUAUUUUUGACUAUGCAAAGAAAAAAAUAUAUAUCUCUACUGUUAUUUACAGUGCCACAUGAAGCUAAACCUUAUUGGAAAGGGCAAAAACUAUUUAACUUUCAGAAAAAAAUUAUCUCGGUCUCAGGAAACCCAUAAUAUUCCCCCCAAAAAAAAAAAAAAAAAAAAACAAGGCAUAUUUCUGCAUAAUUAUUUUUAAAAAAAUUUAAGAGUGUAAUUUUGCCAGGAAAGUUUACUAUUUUCUGUAAUACAGUAGGAAUAUUUUUUUUUUCUACAAUCUCUAAGCAAAACAGCCCAAAUAUGGGUCGAAAAUUUUAGCGACUAUGUCCGAUUAUGCAAAUGAGGUAAGAGCUAAUUAGCACAGUGAAAUUAGAUAGUUGAGCAUCACCUCGUGGCCCCGAUAUUGGAUGGUUAUGCCUAAAUGAUACCGUCCAAAAGGACAGCCGAGGAGUACUAGGAACGAGUUUCCGAUUCGGGCCGACUUCGGCAAUUCUCCAUUCUCUCUGGCGGUUCAAGUGUGGUGAACACUGACAGCCAAAGGAGCCGUUUUAUCGCCAGAGAAGAGUGAUUUACGAUAUUGUUGACGCAGUUUGCGUUUAUUGUGAGUUUUGAAGUGUUCUUGGUCCUGUAUAGUAAGCAAUCUUUUGAUAAAUGUCUUAUCAAUUUGCCUUGUCCUGCUGGCCGGUGCUACCGAAGAAAAUAGUACCGUCCAAAGGGACAUCCUAAAUUAUAGCAACAUUUGUUGGCAUGUACAUCACCUCUAGCUUUCAUUGUUAAACUGUGUUGUAGGACUGGAUUUCUGCAGGUUUUUCUACAAACCCAGGAAACUCUCUGCCCGGAGUAGUCAAUCGAUAAAAAUCGAUACCAAUCAAAUGAUUUUUAUCGAUUGAUAACGGAAAUCGGUGAAAAUCAAUAAACUAAAUUGCUGUGUCAAAUUAGUACUGCUGAGAAAACAUAUACACGAGUAACAACUGAUAGUGACCGAAUUCAUUUGAGAAGCCGGGAGAAACUCGUCACAGGCGGAAUUCCGUCAGAUUGAAUACCGUCUAAUAUAAAUUUAAGGACGGGAAACCGUCUAAAGUCGGGACCAAUGUAAAAUGUAAAAUAAAGUAACAGGGAAAAAGCUUAGGACGAUCAGGCCAGGUUGCGAAGAACAAAACAUGGCUGCCAUCAUGUUUGCUCAAAACCUCUUAUCAACAGCGAGAAAGCGGAAGGCUCAAAAUAGCAUAGAAAAGUUAAGAAGGAGAGAUGAAGGUUCUAAAGCACGAAAAAUUUUAUUCGAGGAGGAGAAUUCAAUUCAAAAUAUUGCAGCCGCUGUAGUCUGCUCAUCAACAAAACUGGAGCGGAAAGAAAAAGGUCCCGUGGAGCAGAGAGAUUGUCUAUGGUGGCAGCAUGGAUAUCAUAACUGGACAAACGAAGAGGUCAAAAAGAAGGUUUAGAGUAAAUAGCGAUACCUUUAAUUUUAUACUGAAUGCUAUGGAAGAUCUUAUCACAAAAGAAAUCACUAAAUUCAAAGAACCGGUAUCGCCAGAUAUCGCCAGAUCGCCAACUUAAUUAACUAUGUGAGCUUAAGUACCGUUUAGCUCAUGGAUGUUCCUAUUCAACAGUCGGUGAUCUUUUUAGGGUUGCCUCUUCUACAGCUUGCCAAAUCAGUUCAACGAAGUCAUUUGUGUUAUCGUUCAAGUGUUUUAUGAUGAGUACGUGACUGAAAGUUGACCAACAAUAAUUUAAAAUGCCCAGGCAGAUUUUUUCGAGUGUGGCCGCGCACUUUUAAUGCAAAUUAGUAAAAUGUCUUAAGUGCUCUUAAGGUUAGGCAAAAAGGAUCUUUAUCGAUGAGGAUAAACUUGUUUUUGUGCUCAAGUAUAUGCUCCCACAGCAUUUUGUCCAUACAUUGUUGAAGUUGCCAACACAACAAAAUUAAAGAGUGCUCGAUGUAAAGCUAGGGAAUCACCUUAAAAAGUUAAAAACACUAUCUAAGAUUAAAGGCUGCGGAUGUUAUUUAAUUAUUGUUAUCAAGCAAACAAACAACAAUUAUUGAGAAAAGACUAACAACUACACACUGAUAAGAAAAAUUUUUUGCUCGGCCGGAAGAAUGCUUUGCCCUUGAGCCAGGAAAUUAAAUAACGAAAGGAAAAUUGCCAAAAUUCUUUGCAGCUUUCUUUGA